CCGCCGCCGCCGCCGCUGGUGACGGGAAUGGCGGCGUGGGUGGACUGGGCCGCGGAGUACACCAAGGCGGCGCAGGCGGAGUCGCGCCCGCCCGCGGAGUGGGCCGCGCGGGUGGCCUCCCUCGCGGCCGCCGGGGACGACGUGCCGUGGUCGCCGGGGCUCUCGGAGGUUCUCGCGCGGGCGGUGCUGUCCGGAGGCGGCGGUGGUGGUAGCGGGGCGGCGUGGAAGUACGCCGAGGCCGCGCUCGCCGCGCGCCUCGCGUCGCCGGCGCUGCUCCUCGCGCUCCUCUCCACUAGGGUCAUUCCCCACCGGUUUACAAGGCCAACUGCAUAUAGACUUUAUCUGGAGCUUUUGCGGAGACAUGGAUUCAACUUUGGUUUUCAGAUGAAAGCUGCAAAUUUCAAAAGGAUCAUGCAAUUAAUAGAUGAUAACCUUGGUCUCUCCAAGAUAUUUGGCUUUUCAACAUCUGAACCAGGGGUUUUUGUUGUUGAAUUUACCCUUUGCAUGUUAUGGCAGUUGGUUGAUGCUGCAUUAGAUGAUGAAGGCCUGUUAGAGUUAAUACCGGAUAAGAAAUCUCAUUGGCCAACUAGAUUAGAUGAUAUGAGUUCAUUUGAAGGAACUUUCUCCGAACAAAGAAUAGACAAAACUGACAAGUUGCAGAAGAUGAAUAAUGUGAUAACUAUAGAGCUCAUUGGGCAUCUUCUUCAUGACAAAGUAAUUACUCAUAUCCUCUCAUUGGCACGCGAAAACAUGCAAUCUCAGUGGUCAGCAUUCGCUAAUCGGUUACAAUUGAUUAUCACAAAGUCAUCUACCUUACGAACUUCAACAAUAGCCUUGAAAUCGUUUCAGCAGUUGCAUCUAGAUGUCUACAAUAUCUUCAGAGGAAAUAAACAUUGGUUGCAUAGGAAACUCCACCCUAUAGUGGCUUCUAACCCUCUUUCUUCCCCAAAUGGACGGUGCCUUGGAGCUAGCUAUUCUGCACUAUGGAUUCCUAUUGAUAUGUAUCUUGAGGAUUGCCUUGAUGGCUCAAUUGCUGCAACGAAUUCCAUUGAGAUUUUAAGUGGAUUGGUCAAGGCCCUUCAAGCAGUCAAUAGAGCCACCUGGCAUGAUGCUUUCUUGGCCCUCUGGAUUGCAUCACUUCGCCUUGUACAAAGGGAAAGAGAACCAAUUGAAGGUCCUGUGCCUCAUCUAGACACACGGCUAUGCAUGCUUUUGUCUAUCACAACACUUGCAAUUGCUGACAUAAUUAAGGAAGAAGAUUCUAAGCUGAACAAUAACUGGAAAGAGAAGAAAGAGAGUGAUGAUCUGCGCAAGGAAUUGAUGUUAAGUUUACAGACACUUGGUGAUUAUGAAAGUUUGCUUGUUCCUCCUCCAUGUAUCAUCUCGGCAGCUAAUCAAGCUGCUUCCAAAGCUGCAAUGUUUGUUUCAGGAACCAACAUUAACAGUGGCUACAUGGAAAAUGCCACUGACCGAACAACACAUUGUUCUGGAAACAUGUGGCAUUUGAUUGUGGAGUCAUGUAUCUCAAGGAACUUGUUGGAAACAUCAGUUUACUAUUGGCCUGGUUAUAUUAAUAGUCAUGUCAAUUCCAUAAGUCAUGCACUCCCAAGCCAACUUGCUGCAUGGUCAUCUUUCAUAAAGGGUGCGCCGUUAACUCAGUCAUUGGUUAAUGUGCUAGUUGCAACUCCUGCAUCAAGCUUAGCAGAGGUUGAGAAGUUGUUUGAAGUUGCGGUCAACGGGUCAGACGAGGACAAGGUUUUUGCUGCCACUAUUCUGUGUGGAGCCACUUUGCUUCGGGGCUGGAAUUUUCAGGAGCAUACAGUUCGAUUAGUUGUUAAACUGCUCUCAAGUUAUGAUCCAGUCGAUUUGUCUGGAGGAGAGAGCCAGUUAGUAAAGCAGGGUCCAAUGCUCAAUGUUAUUGUCACUGGAAUAUCACCUGUUGACUACGUUCCAAUCUUCUCAUUCCAUGGCCUAAUUCCAGAGCUGGCCGCUGCACUCAUGGCAAUCUGUGAAGUUUUUGGGUGCCUUCCCCCAAGUGUUUCCUGGCCACUGAGAACAGGAGAGGAAAUAUCUGCUCACACAGUCUUUUCAAAUUCAUUCAUUCUACUCUUGAGACUCUGGAAGUUUAACCAUCCACCACUUGAAUAUUGUGUAAUGGGAGAUGGUGCACCAGUUGGUUCUCAGCUUACUCCUGAGUAUCUUCUAUUAUUGCGAAAUUCUCAAGUUCUAUCUGCCAGAAGUUCCAUAAAAAAUAGAAAUAACCAGAAACAAUUGCCAGUUACUUCUAACCCAUCAUCUGAGCAUCCUAUUUUCAUGGAUUCGUUUCCAAAGUUGAAGGUAUGGUACCGACAACACCAAGCUUGUCUGGCCUCAACUCUCUCUGGGUUUGCUCAAGGCGCACCUUUACACAAGAACGUAGACAGCCUUCUCAAUUUGAUGUUCAGAAAGACCAACAAAGGAAGCACUUCUAUUGGUUCUUUGUCUGGGAGUAGCAGCAUAAGUAAUUCUUCAGGUCCUGGUGUUGAUGAUUCACAUCUUUGGCCUCAGUUACCUGCGUGGGAGAUACUGGAAGCUGUUCCAUUUGUGGUUGAUGCUGCUCUAACUGCCUGUUCCCAUGGAAGACUGUUUCCACGAGAACUGGCUACAGGUCUCAAAGAUCUGACUGACUUUUUGCCUGCGUCUCUUGCAACAAUAGUAAGUUACUUUUCAGCCGAAGUAACACGAGGUGUUUGGAAACCAGCAUUCAUGAAUGGAACAGACUGGCCUAGCCCUGCUGUCAAUCUAUCUAUGGUUGAAGAGCAUAUAAAAAAAAUUGUAGCUGCCACUGGUGUUGAUGUUCCGAGGCUUGUGACAGGAGGAAGUACUUCGGGUACACUUCCAUUGCCAUUGGCCGCGUUUGUGAGCCUCACCAUCACAUACAAGCUCGACAAUGCAUCAGAGCGUUUCCUCAACCUUGCCGGGCCAGCUUUGGAGAACCUUGCCGCAAGCUGCCCGUGGCCAAGCAUGCCAAUCGUUGCAGCGCUGUGGACGCAGAAGGUGAAGCGGUGGACCGAUUUCCUAGUGUUCUCGGCUUCGCGCACGGUGUUCCACCACAACAACGACGCCGUCGUCCAGCUCCUCCGAAGCUGCUUCACUGCCACCCUUGACGUGUCGUCAUCUGCCACAUCAGUAUGCAGCUGUGGCGGCAUCGCCAGCCUUCUGGGCCACGGCUUUGGCUCCCACUGCUCCGGCGGCCUCUCGCCGGUGGCGCCGGGGAUCCUGUAUCUCCGGAUAUUCCGGUGCAUCAAGGACUGCUCCAUCCUCGCGGAGGAUAUACUGUCCCUCCUCAUGCUCUCGGUGAAGGACAUCGCCGAGACAACCGUUCCGAGGCACCGGCUGAAGAAGGCCAGCAGGCACGUGAUGAGGCACGGCCAGGUAUCGCUCUCCUCCGCCAUGACGCAGGUCAAGGUGGCGGCGUCGCUGGGCGCGACGCUGGUGUGGCUGUCCGGCGGCACGGCGCUCGUGCAGUCCCUCCUCCAGGAGAUGCUGCCGUCGUGGUUCCUGUCCGUGCAGGACCUGGGGCAGGGCGGCGGCGCGGCGGGCGGCGGCGGCGGCGGCGGCGGGACGGUGUACAAGCUGGGCGGCCACGCGCUGGCCUACUUCGCCGUCUACUCCGGCAUGUUCGCGUGGGGCAUCGACCCGGCGUCGGUGUCGCGGCGGCGGGAGCGGGUGAUGUGGUCGCACCUGGAGUUCCUGGCGGGCGCCCUGGACGGGAAGAUCUCGCUGGGCUGCGACCUGUCGCUGUGGCGCGCCUACGUCUCCGGCUUCCUUGGCCUGGUGGUGGAGUGCACCCCGUGCUGGGUGCGCGAGGUGGACCUCAGGGUGCUCAGGAGGCUCGCCGCCGGCCUCCGGCGGUGGAAGGAGGACGAGCUCGCCGUCGCGCUCCUCCGCAGGGCCGGCCCGGAGGCGAUGGGCGCCGCCGCCGAGAUGAUUCUCGCCGGCGACUGGUGAGUCCGCGCGUACACGUGAUCGCCGGCGUUUGUCACUCUCGUCUGUAGAUAGUUGUUGCACUGUGAUUAUGUGCGUGUGUUUAUGCAAUGGGUGUGUAGCUGAUUUCGAUCUUGUAGACUUGUACGGUAACUGAUAGUAAUUAGCUGCUACUAGAUCGCUAGAUUCUUUGCUAUAUAUCCGUCCCUAAUGUUAGUGCCCACUAAUUAUAUUUCGGAAGCGGACUACUCAUAUCAUGUGUGUGUUUGUGUUCAAUCCUAGUGCAAUAUAGCAGUGUGCUUUAAGAAAGCCAG